GUUGUUAACUGCUCUGCUACUACAGAGGUUUGAAGUGGACCAUUCGUCUACACUUUCAGUACCCAGCCAUUUCUCCUUGGUGAUCUAAAUGGCGAACAAUGAUUUCUUGCUUCAAUUUCAAGAAUUUGAUGAGGAUGGGACUCUCUCUGGUAAUACCAAGGAUUCGACAUCUGUUGACAUGGAUGAUAUGGUGAAAUCUCAAAAGCAAAACAAAACCACAGGACCUACUCCUUUUGGGGUGGAGAAUGAUGAACUUGACACAGACGAUGACAAAGCAGAGCUGCUUUCCAAUGGAAAGUCUAAAAAUGCGCCUUUCUGGACAUUUGAAUACUACCAAAUGUUUUUUGAUGUGGACACACAAGAGGUGAAGGAGAGAAUAUUUGGAUCAGUGCUGCCAUGGCGGGGGAAAAACUUUGUCCGUCUACAUAUACGCAGUAAUCCUGAUCUUUAUGGACCCUUUUGGAUUUGUGCUACCCUUGUGUUUGCCAUUGCCAUAAGUGGUAACAUAUCCACCUUUCUGAAGCACCAUGGUAAUCCACAGUAUAAAUAUGUACCUGAGUUUCGGAAAGUUACCAUGGCAGCCACAGCCAUCUAUACCUAUGCCUGGCUUGUUCCAUUGGCCCUCUGGGGUUUUCUCACAUGGCGCAACAGCAAAGUGGUGAACUCUGUGACCUAUUCCUUUCUGGAGAUCGUCUGUGUCUACGGUUAUUCUCUGUCUAUCUACAUACCAGCUGUGGUGCUGUGGAUCAUACCAAAUGAAGGGGUCAGGUGGUUCUCCAUUGUUGCAGCUCUCUGUCUCUCUGGAUCAGUUCUAGUGAUGACCUUUUGGCCUGCCAUUCGAGAUGACCACCGCCGAGUCGCCAUUGCAAUUAUCGUGACUAUUGUGGCUCUCCACGUCCUUCUAGCAGUGGGUUGCAAGGCAUAUUUCUUUAGCACACGGGAGUAUGACAACACUUCCAUCAUGGGGCAGAAGGAAGACAUCAAGACAGUGGCAACUAAGACACCUUAAAUGUCAAAUUCUGCCUGAGGUUCUCCAGUUGCCUUAUUACUAAGAAUCAGGUUGCCGUGGUGAUGAAGUCAUUGUCGUCUGGAUUUCAUGCAUACUCAGUGUCCUUGUUGAGCUUUGUCCGAACAGCCAUUAUUUGAGUGCUGGUAAGACUCUACAUUUGAGUGGACAUGGCUAACAGAAGCACUACAUUUUCAACGGCAUUAAUUGUUACUGAACAACCUGUUUUAUAGCAGGAUGUGUCAUUUGUUGUGCAUAGUUCGGUUUCAAAAUAUUUGUGAUUACUGAACUUGAUGGGUUCCUGGAGUAGGACAUUCCGAUUCUGCCAUUCAUUCUUUUUAAAUAUAACUUUUAAUGGGUAGGCCACUGUAUUUAUACUUUGAGCCAAGGUAACAAACUAUCAGUAUAGAGAUUGGUUGAAGUUGCAGAUCAUUGUAAAAAAAAUAUGCAUGGGUUAGGAACUGGUAUGUCACUGUUUGGGUGUUGAGGAUCACAUCCAUAUCAUGUAAAACUUCAGGGCCCAGUUUUUCAAAAGUAGUCUAGUGGGAUUUUGGAUCAUGUAUUAGAUCAAAUUUUAGAAAUAGGAUUUAAAGCUCUGGUAAAUGGGAUUUGGUAAUACUGAAAUUCAGCAUUUGGAUCACAGUGAUCCAAUCCAAUGUUCCUUUAAAAAACGUUUCCUUAUCAUGGCAUAAAAGAUGGAUCAGGUGAUCCUGGAUAGCAAAACAUAGGAUUCCCCCAAAAAACUGGGCCCAGAAGAUUAAUGGUAUUAAUGGUAAACUAAGAUUUUAAAUAUGUCUGGGCAGACUUUACCCUGCCUCGGUACUUUCACAAGCAAAAUCAUCAGCCAAAACUUAGAUGUACAGUUUUUUUUUUAAAGAUAUUUACAUUUUAAUCCCUAAUUUUGAAUUUGAAUAAAGAUUUGUUACUGUAUUACAAAAUGUC